GGAAGUUGAAGUAUACGGGCAGAUGAGUUUUCUUGGAGACAAACAAAUAGCUUAUGAUGGCGGGGAGAAAUAUGAUCCGCAACUACCUGUUGAUUCUUCGAUUGAUCCAAACGAGGAUCCUGUUCUGAUGCUACACGAGCUUAGCGCGUCUAUUGAUAAGAAGGUAAUGAUAAAAAACAAAGGUUCAGAUGAUAGUGUAUCUAUUGAUAAACAGAAUUGUGCACUAGUUAUUGGAAAUGAAUCCCCAGUUCAAGGAUCGUGUGGAAAUGCUAACUUCCAGAAACAAGAGGACUUAGGCAUACUACCUUCGCGGAUGUCGAUAUGCAGUAGUGAUUGCACUGUGGAGCUGCAGGAGAAAGAGAUGAUAUCCGUAGAUGAUAACUUGUAUGUGCCGCCAAGGGACCCUCAAGGAAUUAAUUUUCCUGAGAAAACUAUCCUUUUAGUAGGGAAAGUGCAUGAGGGAACUGAGAGCUUCAACCUAGGCCAAAAUAAGAUUGACACUAGUAAUGGAACUGAGACAGGUGAUUUAUAUGAUGCUCCACAUUUGAAGCAGCAUAGGAAAGAUGCACAUCAUGAAUUUCAUAAUUCAGGUAAUUUAGUUUUUGAUAAUGACCCUCAUGUCUAUGAUGUUGAUGUCAUUGGAAAUGGAUCGAACUUACGUAGCUACGUAAAUGGAAGCAAAGGUGAGAAGUUUUUGGUCACUGAUACGUCAGAAGCUAAUAGGAAAAGUGAUGUUCCCUUGGAGGCCUCGGUUGCAAAGAGGGUUGUUGCUAUCACCAACUGUCCUGGCACUAGUGGUUUGAAGACUGAAAUAGACAGUAAGAGAAGCAGUUCAGACAUAACUAGCGGUCUUCCACCAAUGGGCCCAAGGUGCAAACCUUUUCUUUCGGAUAUGCGGAGGAGUUCCAUGUCUCCAUUGGAUACUGAAAGGUUAAAAAUCGAGAGUGAAAUUAUUAGGCUUCAAGAAAGAUUAAGAACUGUGCAGGAAGGGAGAGAGAAACUUAGCAUAUCAGUUGAAUAUCGUGAAAGGGAAAGAGUACAGAUGGAACUUUUGGAGAAUUUAGCACGCCAGCUUCAUGAGAUUCAGCAGCUAACAGAGCCAGGAAAGGCUGUGCGUCAGGCUUCUCUGCCCCCUCCAUCCUCUAAGGGCAUUUCGAAGAAAAGGCGAUGCCGAAGUGUUUCCGCAGGACUCCAGAGAAGCUCCUAAGCUACGAAUAUAAGCUUAUGGACAAAGAAUAAGUUGAUCUACAUUUACUUAAUUGCUAAAACAUUUGCAUAUUUUCUUAAAAUAGAACGUGGAGGUACUUUUCUGUUAAUGAGGCGGCUUAGAUUGAUUCUGGUUUGGGAUAAUAGGAUGGUAAUGAAGAGUCAAAGAGAGUAGGUCAAUUCUUUCUUGUCUGUAUAGAACCAAACGCUAUGUAGUAUGUACUACUUGAUAAGUAAGUUCCAUUUGAUAAAAUAUAUCUCCUCCACAAUGUUUACUUGUUAUUGUUUUA